UGUUCCAGUUGGAUUCUCAUAACAAUAUUUCUAAAGUGAGAAGAUCAUCUUUUUGGCUAUGAAGUUCUCUUAUUUUGCACAACUGUUGGUAUUAUAUAAUUUGGCAGCAUUUAUACCCUCAUUUUCUUCUUCUUCUUUUUCUUUUUCUUCUUCUAUAAAGCAUCGCUGCCACGAUAACGAGAGGUCCGCAUUGCUGCAAUUCAAAAAUAGCUUUUUGAGUACCAACAAUUGCUAUGAUCAGUAUUAUUCGAAAGUUGAAUCAUGGAAAUUGGUGGAUGGAGAAAGUUCUGGUGAUUGCUGCACAUGGGACGGUGUAGAGUGCGACGAUAGAACCAACCAUGUCAUUGGCUUGGACCUCACUGACAGUUGCAUCUCUGCUUCUAUCAGCUCCAACUCCACCCUCUUUGACCUUGUCCACCUUCAAACACUUAACCUCGCCUAUAAUAUCUUCUUCCAGUCACAAAUACCGUCACGAAUAGGCGAACUCUCAAGUCUAACUUAUCUGAAUCUCUCUUGUUCAGGAUUUUCAGGCCAAAUCCCAAAACAGCUUCUUAAUCUAACCAAAUUGGUCUCUCUCGAUCUAUCUGAUAUCUAUGGUCUCAUUGGUCUGAACCUCCACAAGCCUAGUUUUAAUGAUAUGGUUGGACAAUUGACCAGUUUGAAGGAACUUCAUCUCUCAAGUGUCAACAUUUCUUCAAAGGUUCCAGAGCUACUCUCAAAUUUUUCAUCUUUAGAAUCUCUGCGGCUUGACUCGUGUGGUUUGACGGGUGAAUUUCCUGCUGCUAUCUUCCAACUCCCAAAUCUGAAAAUACUUGAUCUGACUUCCAACCCAGAUCUUAAAACUGACUUGCCGAGUUUUCAAUUCGGGAGACCCCUAAAGACAUUGAAGCUCUCUACAGAACAUGUGCCUAUUUCAAUUGGAAAUCUUAUCUACAUGGAAGAGCUUCACUUAUCUGACUGCACUUUCACACCUUCCUCCAUUGAAAACCUUGUCCACUUGAAAUUUCUCUUCAUCUGGAAUUGCACCUUCACCGGUCAAAUUCCACCCACAUUCAGUAAUUUUACGAAGCUUGUGCGCUUGGUACUCUCAUAUAAUGACUUCGGCAUUUACACUCCAACUACUUCUUCAUUUAGCUGGAUCGGUGAGCUCACUAGACUCACUUAUUUGUCCUUGAGCAUAAUCAAUAUGAAUGGUGAGAUACCGUCUUCUUGGUUCAUGAAUCUCACCCAACUUUCUUCUCUGCAAAUGUCUGAUAAUCAACUUACAGGUCCACUUCCACAAGCCCUUAUGAAUCUCACCAAACUUGAGUGGUUAGAUUUAUCAACUAACCAAUUAUCUGGUCCGAUUCCGUUCCAAAUUGGCCAUCUUACCUCUCUGUUUUUCUUGGACCUUUCAUUUAAUAAAUUAGAUGGAGGGAUUCCUACAAGUUUUUCUCAUCUCAACAAUCUUGAAAGGCUUGAACUUAAUUCAAAUAAGUUGACUGGCACAUUGAAAUUCACUGUAUUCUCUGAGCUAAAAAACUUAGGUUAUUUGGAUUUAUCAAAUAAUUCUUUAUCAUUGACCACCAAAACUAGAUCAAAUGUCAGCUUCCAACGUCUCAGAGAUUUAAAUCUGGGAUCAUGCAAUUUAUCUGAGUUUCCUAGCUUUUUACAUCAUCAAUUAGAUUUUUUGGUUAGUCUAAACCUUUCCAGCAACAAAAUGUCAGGUGAACUCUCACCUUCCAUUUGCAAUUUAAAUUCCCUUCAAGUGCUUGAUUUAUCCUUCAAUAAUUUAAGCGGUCAGCUUCCCCGUUGUUUAGGAAAUUUUAGUGAUUCUUUAUCAGUGUUGAAUCUUAAAGGAAAUAGCUUUCACGGAACCAUUCCGUCACUGUGGAAAAAUGCGUGUCAGCUGAAAAUGAUUGGUAUGAGUCACAAUAAAUUACAAGGUCCACUACCAAAAUCUUUAGGGAAUUGUUCAUUGUUAAAGAUGGUUGAUUUUGGAAGCAAUCAAAUUAUUGAUGUUUUCCCCUCUUGGUUCGGCAGUCUUCCCAACUUGCAAAUUUUGAUUUUAAGGUCUAAUAAUUUUUACGGUACAGUAGAAAAUUCAGUUGCCACUGGAUUCUCCAACCUUCGAGUCAUUGACUUGUCUCUUAAUCAGUUCAGUGGAAAGCUUCAGUCCAAAUUGCUUUACAAUUGGAAUGCCAUGAAAGUCAGCAACGCAAGCCACAUGACAUACAUGCGGGAUAAUAUAGAUCCAUCUUAUUUGAUGCAGUAUGAUUACUCGAUGACAUUGUACAAUAAAGGUUUGGAAAUGAAUUACAUGAAAAUUCCUGAUAUACUAGUGACCAUUGAUUUCUCCAACAACAAAUUCGAAGGAGAGAUUCCAGAUAUCAUUGGAAAUCUUAAAGGCCUUCAAUUGCUAAACCUUUCUGGCAACAUUCUUCAAGGUCCGAUACCAUCUUCUCUGGCAAAUCUGAAGGCAUUAGAAUGUUUGGAUCUUUCUUCAAACCAGCUCUCCGGACAGAUUCCUACGCAGCUGACAGAAAUCACUGCCCUUUCGUCAUUUGAUGUGUCGUUCAACCAACUUUCAGGACCUAUACCGCAGGGAAAUCAAUUUUGUAAUUUUGAAUCCAAAUCAUAUGAAGGGAAUCCAAGUUUGUGGGUCGACACUUGGACAAAGCAAUGUGGAAAUUUCAAAUCCGCGACAGGUUCUGUACCUCCAUCAUUUACAGAAUUAGAAGCAUCCACAGACUCAGAAUUCAAAAUAAAUUGGAUUGUAGUUUCAAUGGGGUAUGCAAGCGGGAUGGUGAUCGGAGUAGUUGGCGGGAACGAGUUUGCUAGAAGAAAACAACACUGGUUUGCAAAAAGAAUGAAAAAGAAAAGUAAGAGGCAAGCAAAGAGAAGAUAAGAAACUAAUUUUUCUGGCAGUCUGAUAUAGUUUUAGUUCGUACUAUCAUCAGUUUCUGUUAUUGUUUUUGUUCUUAUUUUGAAAGCCCAAACUCUUUUUCCAGUUAUGUAAGCAAAUACAUAACCUUUCAAUGUUAAUGUAUAAUUAUACAUAUAAGGCCAAUGCAUUAUAGAUUCUGAAUAUUCAGUAAAACAAAAUCAAGUUUGGUA